AUGGGAAAAUUGGUUGCUCAGACUGAGAUCAAGUCUGAUGGAGAUGUGUUCCAUGAGAUUUUUAGGCACAGACCACAUCACAUAAAAAAUAUGAGUCCCGGAAACAUUCAGGGUUGUGAUAUACAUGAAGGUGAAUGGGGAACUGUGGGCUCUGUCAUCUUCUGGAACUACACCCAUGACGGAAAAGAGAAGGUUGCAAAAGAGAUAAUUGAAGCCAUUGACGAAGAAAAAAAGUCGGUGACAUUCAAGGUAAUUGAAGGGGAUCUCACGAAGUUGUACAAAACCUUCAUUAUAACUGUUCAUGUUGAUACAAAGGGUCAAAAUAAUUUGGUGACAUGGACUUUGGAGUUUGAGAAGUUGAAUGAGGGUGUGGAAGACCCAAAUACUUUGAUGGACUUCUGUCUCGCUGUCACCAAAGACAUUGAAGCCCACCAUCUCAAGUAA